AUGUCUCAGGGUUUCAUUUUAUUAAAGGAUAUAAGUCGAAAAUUCAAAAUCCCGACAAGUAGAGAUCUCGACAAGUACAGAUUCCGACAAGUAGAGAUCCCGACAAGUAGAGAUCCCGACAAGUACAUAUCCCUACAAGUACAGAUCCCGACAAACGAAGAUCCCGACAAGUAUAGAUCCCGACAAGUACAGAUCCCGACAAGUACAGAUCCCGACGAACGGAGAUCCCGACAAGUACAGAGCCCUACAAGUACAGAUCCCGACAAACGGAGAUCCCGACAAACGAAGAUCCCGACAAGUAGAGAUCCCGACAAACGGAGAUCCCGACAAGUAGAGAUCCCGACAAGUACAGAUCCCUACAAGUACAGAUCCCUACAAGUACAGAUCCUGAAAAACGAAGAUCCCGACAAGAAGAGAUUCCGACAAACGAAGAUCCCGACAAGUAGAGAUCCCGACAAACGAAAAUUCCGACAAAAAGAGAUCCCGACAAGUAGAGAUCCCGACAAGUACAGAUCCCUACAAGUACAGAUCCCCAAAAAACGAAGAUCCCGACAAGUAGAGAUCCCGACAAACGGUGAUCCCGACAAGGAGAGAUCCCGACAAGUACAGAUUCCGAAAAGUAGAGAUCCCGACAAACGAAGAUCCCGACAAGUAGAGUUUCCGACAAACGGAUAUACCGACAAACGGAGAUCCCGACAAGUACAUUUUCCGACAAACGGAGAUCCCGACAAACGAAGAUCCCGACAAGUACAGAUCUCGACAAGUACAGAUCCCGACAAACGGAGAUCCCGACAAGUACAGAUCCCGACAAGUACAGAUCCCGACAAACGGAGAUCCCGACAAGUAGAGAUCCCGACAAGUACAGAUCCCUACAAGUACAGAUCCCGAAAAACGAAGAUCCCGACAAGUAGAGAUCCCGACAAACGAAGAUCCCGACAAAUAGAGAUCCCGACAAGUACAGAUCCCUACAAGUACAGAUCCCGAAAAACGAAGAUCCCGACAAGUAGAGAUCCCGACAAACGAAGAUCACGACAAAUAGAGAUCCCGACAAGUAGAGAUCCCGACAAAUGGAGAUCCCGACAAGUAGAGAUCCCGACAAACGGAGAUUCCGACAAGGAGAGAUCACAACAAGUACAGAUUCCGACAAGUAGAGAUCCCGACAAACGGAGAUCCCGACAAACGGAGAUCCCGACAAGUACAGAUCCCGACAAACGGAGAUCCCGACAAGUAGAGAUCCCGACAAGUACAGAUCCCGACAAGAAGAGAUUCCGACAAACGGAGAUCUUGACAAGUAGAGAUCCCGACAAGAAGAGAUUCCGACAAACGGAAAUCUCGACAAGUACUUAUCCAGACAAAUUGAGAUCCCUACAAAUGGAGAUCCCGAGAUCCCAACAAAUAGAGAUCCUGGCAAAUGGAGAUCCCGGCAAACGGAGAUCCCAACAAACGGAAAUCCCGACAAAUGGAGUUCCCCACAAUCGCAAUUCCGACAAGAAGAGAUUCCGAAAAACGGAAAUCCCGACUAGAAGAGAUCCCGACAAACGGAUAUCUCGACAAGUAGAGAUCCCGACAAAUGGAGAUUCCGACAAGAGAUCAAGACAAGUACAGAUCCCGACAAGUACAGGUCUAAACAAACGAAGAUUCCGACACGUAGAGAUCCCGACAAGUACGGAUCCCGACAAGUACAUAUCCCGACAAACGAAAAUCCCAACAAGUACAGAUCCCGACAAACGAAAAUCCCAACAAGUACAGAUCCCGACAAACGAAAAUCCCAACAAGUACAGAUCCCGACAAACGAAAAUCCCGACAAGUACCGAUCCCGACAAACGAAAAUCCCGACAAGUACAGAUCCCGACAAAUGAAGAUCCCUACAAAUGGAGUUUCCGACAAACGAAAAUCCCAACAAGUACAGAUCCCGACAAACGAAAAUCCCAACAAGCACAGAUCCCGACAAAUGAAGAUCCUUACAAAUGGAGUUUCCGACAAACGAAAAUCUCGACAAGUAGAGAUUCCGACAAGAAGAGAUCCCGACAAGUACAGAUCCCGACAAGAAGAAUUUCCGACAAACGAAGAUCUCGACAAGUACAGAUCCCGACAAGAAGAGAUUCCGACAAACGGAGAUCUCGACAAGUAGAGAUCCUGACAAGUACAGAUCCCGACAAGAAGAAUUUCCGACAAACGGAGAUCUCGACAAGUACAGAUCCCGACAAGAAGAGAUUCCGACAAACGGAGAUCUCGACAAGUACAGAUCCCGACAAGAAGAGAUUCCGACAAACGGAGAUCUCGACAAGUAGAGAUCCUGACAAACGGAGAUCCCCACAAACGGAGAUCCCGACAAAUGGAGAUCUCCACAAUCGGAAUUCCCGACAAAUGGAGAUCCCAGCAAAUAGAGAUCCCGACAAAUGGAGAUCCCGACAAGUAGAGAUCCCGACAAGUAGAGAUCCCAACAAACGGAGAUCCCGACAAGAAGAGAUAAAUAGAUAUCCCGUCAAAUCGAGAUAA